AUGUGCAUCAAUACCUGUCUUGCUUUCACAGGUCCCUUUGCCCACCUUGACCAAUGUCCUAGAUGCGGAGAGGACCGCUGGGACAUGAAAAAGAGCACCGGUCGCAAAAAGGUUGCACGUCAACGAUAUGACACGUUUCCAAUUGGCCCCCAGCUCCAAGCGCUCUGGCGCCAUCCUGACCAGGCACAGAAGAUGCGCUGGCGCGAAGACCAAACCAAGAAGAUUUUUGAGGAGUUGAAGAUGACAGGCGGUGUUCCAAGCGUAUACGAAGAUAUUCUCCACGGCAAGGAAUACCUCGAUGCUUGUCGGUCCGGAAAGAUCAAGGACGGCGAUUCUGUGUUGAUGCUGUCGAUUGAUGGUGCGCAACUCUUCGAGUCGAAACAGAGUGAUUGUUGGAUAUAUAUCUGGGUCAUAUUUGAUCAUGCUCCGGAGGAGAGGUACAAGAAGAAACGGAAGGCUUACUGA